AUGGCCUCUCUAGAACUCGAAGAGAUACUGAAACCACUUAUUGCCAACCCGCAUGUUUUAGGCGUGUUGGUCGCUAAUAAAGAAGGCUCAGUAAUUAAGACAACUCUCGACGCUGUGAUAACAAAACUCUAUGCUGACAAACUUACAAAAUAUUUAGAAAUGACACAAAAAAUGAUUCAAGAGAUUGACGAGCCUGACGCUCCACAAAAGAAUGAAUUAACAUUUCUUCGUAUCAGAAGCAAAAAACAUGAGAUUAUGAUUUCACCUGAUGUCACAGAACAUAAAUAUAUGUUAAUGGUAUUACAGAAUCCGGAAAGAAAGACCGAAUCUGGGAAAGAUCGCAUAUAA